CCAAUUUCUAGCCCACCCAAGAUCACGAACAGCAGCUGUUACGAUAAUUGGUAUUCAUACAUGAAUUAUCUCCGUCCUCAUGACACGCCUAUCAAUAUCUCAGUGCUAUGUUUAUGUCAAGUCGAGAUGAGCUCCCUCUCUCUGACGCGUCCACCACGCGUCGGGUCUUGACGCCGCCUUCAGAGAGUCGAAUCGGAGGGAGUGAUGAUGCUGGCUCCAGUGGAAGGAAACGCAAGCGCGAUGGCAACGCAAUGGAAGUGGAAGACUUGCUCAAGGAACCAUUUGUCGUAAAGCCUUAUCCGUCCACUCUCUUUGUCAAGCCCCGGUCGCUCCAACCACUUCUCCUAUUGCCUAGAUCUCACCUCCCAUUAUCGUCACUUGAUAUCACUUCCACUGCCAGUGCUCUACCGCGAUCACGGCUUUUCGAGACUCACGUUAAGAUUCUGGAAUUGGAAGAGCGAAUGGGAAGCCAGCCAAUGGUGUUGAUAGCAAGAUUGGAUGAUGGGCGCACGCUAUAUGCAGUGGAGCGUGAGGAGCGGGGUCUCUAUGUCUUGUUGCAACUUGGUUCGUGGGUCAAUCUGCAACAAUUGAGGGCCGCAGCUGUGGUUUCGAAACCAGAUCUAUCUAAGGCCUCGGAGAAACAGUUGGAACCUGGUGUCAUUCCACCGGCUAUUCCUCUGAUAACCCCAGGAGUCAGUAGUUAUAACAAGAAGAAGCGGCUUGCGAUUGAAGCUAUCCAGUCAAUGGUCAAGCGCCCGUCAUCAGGGCCCCUCACCGAAGCACAGCCGGCUACGACACACGUGGAACCGGCUCAGGACUCUCAGUCCACGGAACAACUAGACAAGGGCCCACCUUUAGAAGAGAGCGAUAUCACGGCACAACCAACUGCCGGUGAGAUAUUUGAAAAUGUCCGGAACCAAUACUUCGAGGCUCUUUACUUAUCCAAGGCUUCUCUGGCUUAUUUUGCAAAGGGGCCGUUAUCGAGGGCGCGUGCAGCUUUCCAUCUCGACUAUGAUUCGGCCCUCGACAUGAGGGAACAUAUUGCAUUUCUUGAAAGUCUGAUUCUGUCCACUACUCUUAUUGAUAAAAAGUACCGAGACGGAGUACCUGGAUGUGUCGCAUCGAUCGAUAUUCAUGACAAUAGCGCUGAUGACGCCAAACAAGAAGCUGAGAAGACCAAAAGAAGGAAGAGUACCAAGAAAUUGAAACCCGGUAAAAACGGACUGUACCCAUUGGAAGAUGUACUCAUCAGGCGAUGGUGGGCGGGCCAUGAUGAUGAAAUUGAAUCUGGAGCACCUGGUACAUCAAGAGAAGACAUCACUAAGAAGCGCAUUGGCCAGCUGCGUAUCCGGGAGACUCAACUUCAGAUGAUAAUCAUCCUUGAAACUCUCGCGCUUCAGCCCUUAGUGUCUGCUUCAGGAGACACCGGAGACAGUUUGCCUACUUCUCUGCCAACAAAAGAUAGUGAGGGUGGAAAAGCAAAACCAGCAAAGUCUAAAAUGCCUGAGAGCCUGUCGACGCUCAUUGAUGUUCAUAUCGAUCGGCUCUGCAUAUGGCAAUCUAUUGUCCUCGAGUCUGUAAAGGCACCUACCAAUGGCUUAACAACCCAGAACGAUAGCUCCGCUACCUCGCCUAUGCAUACGGACAAUUUCCUCAGGGACUUCUGCGUUGAAGUUAUUGUGCCCUUCUUCGCAGCCCGCCUUCCUGAUCGCUGUGCUGCUAUCAAUCGCAAGCUUGGAGGCCCUGUUGUGGUGUCUCACACGAGACCAAAACUAUCCAAAUCGGCAAGCGCCCCAAGCGUGAAGCCUCGGCCUGGUGCAGCCACCAAGCGUCCUGUUCCUGUAAAGCCACGUCUAAGCCUACAGCAGGCCUUGACUGAGGAACGCGAGCGACGUAGCAUUUCGCGCGGGCCGGGCAGGGCCAUCUCACUGAUGCGGUCUGCCACACCAGUAGUACCGGUCUUGAAGAGAGAAGGAAGCGAAGUACCAUCUCUCUCGAGCAUUCCUCCAGCUGAAAGCCAGCCUUUACAGGCAAAUAGGGGUGGAGUUCUGAAUUCUAAGCGAUUCUCUCAACGAGAAGUUGACAUGAGCAGUCUUGUGCCAGAAAUAAAUACAAAGAAGAGGAAACAGGCCGACAUAGAGGCGGAACUCAAAGAAGCAAUUGCAGCGCUCAAGAAACCAAACCGAGAAUUGGCUGGGAAAGUUAUGGUCGAGACCGCUGAGAAACGGUCGGCCUCGGCCUCCAUGUCUCGAAAAUCCAAGAAGCCUGUUAGGAACCCGCUCUUCCAGGGAGUGCAAAUCUCAGCAACCCCGAAGGCCAAUCGACAUAAGGAUAUGUUUACGGAAAACCAACGUCCAAGUUUGCCAAAUAUGACAGAAGAUGUGGAUUCAACUGUUCUUCCCGCUUUAAGUUCAUCUAGGAUUCCACAGUCAGUUGCUCGGCCACCCCCCGAAGCGCAGACCCGAAAUCCAUUAUUUUCUUUCAUUCAGGCGACACCGACUCGGAAAUCCUCUCACUCCGGAAACGAAAUGCCCAGCAUGACGGCUCCUAAUUAUGAUGGAUGCCCUCCUUCGUCGCCAUUACAGCCGCGCCGCUCCAGUGGGAAAUUAUUUAAUAUGGUGCCCGAAUCGGCCGUAAAGGACCCUCAAAAUUAUGGAUCAUCUGAAGGGAUCCAGGAGACACCAGUAAAGAAGAGGCCAGAGGCUGCGCUGGUUCACAGCCAUCCCGAAGUAUCAACUCCAGCCUGCAAUAAUGAGAAUUCGAGAUCAAGAGGAGGUAUAGACGAUGGUUCGAAACAAAAGUCUGGGGAAGCACAUGAGGAUUCUAUUUAUAAGUCCUUGGGAUGGGAUGAUGCUGAUGAUAUGGAUGACUUUGCAUGAUUGUGUGCUUUGGUAGGGAGUAUCGGCUGAUGAAAUGGCAUUAGAAUAGGGCGUAUGAGGGAAGCAUUGCAUUUGAUCAUAGCGACGGCGUAUGAGGAAUAUUGUUUCUAGCAUUGGGCCUUACAUCCAUAGUAGCUGGGACCAUGGGAACGCAAGACAAUCGGAAUACACUAGAAAUGGUAAAUAUAAAUAAGAAUUGUCUCGAAAC